AUGGGGGUUCUGCUAGGUGACGACGUCAGAAGCAGCAAGACUUUCCAUCUUCUCGAGAUGAGCACCGGAUAUGUACUCUUCGAAACAACAUCCGAUUGUUUUGCAUUUUCUCCUAAUAGUCAACUGCUCGCUGUAGGUCCGAAAAGCGAGGUCAUCCAUGUGUUGGAUGUAGAUACUCUUGAACUUCGCUUUAAGUUUCGUAUUAAACAUGUCGGUCGUUUGGAACAAUUGUUCUUUUCUCCUUGUAGCUCGCUGUUGGUAUCAGGUCCACAGGGUGGUAUCGAAUUAUGGGAUUUGACAGAAGCAGAAGCCAGUGAGCCACCCUCCAAAAUUGAUCGGUCACCUGCUCAGGAGGUGAGGCUACUUCAGAGAGCAAAAAUUGCAAUUGUGCAGUACUAUAACUCGAGGAUCGGUCUGUUCAAUUUAGACACAGGUGAGCUUUGCUUGACUUUACCAGGUGACACUUGGAGCUGCUCAGAGGAUGAAAUUCUAAUGGCAACAUCUACAUCAGAGGGCGAAACAUCUAUCUGGGAGAUAGAGAAUAGAACUUGCAUCUCAAAGUUCCGAGGGGCAAUCGCGACCUUUUCACCUAUAGGAGAUUCUCUUGCAUUAAAGCAAGAUGAGAGAAAUAUCGGAAUUCGUGCCCUUGAUACCGGUGAAACCCGAUUCCUUGGACCCUUAGAUGAUCAGGUCAUCAGACUUCUUUUCUCUCCCAAUGGGGGUGUACUUGCUGCGCUUUGCCGCGGCAAAUAUGGGUUUUUUCUUCACAUCGAAGACCUACGAGCCUCAGGAGCAUCACAGAGACGUUUUAGGUUGGGCGAUCCCGAUUUGAAGUAUAACUAUAAAGCUUUCAUGUUAGUAUUUUCCAGGAAUAAUGAGAUAUUGGCAGCUCUUGACAUCAAUCUGAAAGUUUGGCAUUUAAAGAACGAGGUCUGUCUCUGGUCAGCACAACGCUAUUCUUCGGGCAUGACUCGUGUCGAUACUAUAAAAUUGUCCCCUGAUAGUCGUUUAGUGAUUAUGGCUUCAUUUAAACCCUCUGUAAAAGGGUGGCUUCUAGUCUCUGGAGAGCAGCUCUUCAAAGUAGAUUGCCUCUCAAUCAUGCCAAGAGUUCUGUUCAGCAAUGUAUCCAAUACUUUGUUCAUUGAUGAAGCAAUCUACCAUGUUCCACAAUGGAGUGCCUUGGGUAAUCAACGGGACAUGUCCUUCAAGGAUGUUCCUCAAUUUCAGCUUGACAAGGCAUUUCCUGAGGAGAUUGACGGAAAAGACGACUUCACGACCGGAUCUAUUAGCCUACGAGAGAUCGUGGUAACUUUUCGAGACCCUCUAGAUGAGAAAUUCUCAUGGGCAAUCAAUAAGACGGGCGGCAAUGUCUUGACACUGGACGACACCUUGAUUUUGGUUGAGGUGCCGAUGAGCACUGCAUGGGAGUAG